AUAACUGAACUCGCCAAGCAUUCCCGAGUCUCGACACUCGCUGCGCUCCCUCUGGCGACGCCUCCGCCGAGCUCCCCUCCGGCGACGUCCCGGCGGAGUCAUCUCAGCAACAACCUGGCCGCCUCCAGAUCCGCCCAAGGUACUCCCCUCCGUCCCAAAUUAACUGCGGUGGGAGUAGCACCGAUUUGUUUGGCAUGUCUGAGACUGUUGAAGCACAGGUUGUCCUUUGGAUUUCUUUGAUGGAUUAUCCUGAAGUCAUGAAAUAAGAAGGAUCUCAGAUGGAUCCGGUUAAAAUAAACGAUGGUAAAGGGCACCUGGUAGAGAUGCUUGUUGACAAGCCGUGUUUUCUAGAGCCCAUAUGUGCAGAGGACAUCAAUGAAGAUACACGUGUAUACCCUCGUGUAGGGGAUGAGUACCAGGUGGAAAUUGCGAACCUAGCAACGGAAGAGGAACAAAUGGAAUUAAGGUCAUCGCCUGCCGUUGACAGCCGUAUGUUUGGUUUUGAGUAUCCUGUAGCAGUAGGAUUAACUAUUCCAGUCUCAUGGACCCAAAAUACAAACACUCGCAUGGAAGAAGAGUCCAGGAAUUUUUAGGACACAAUUCGUGCCCGCCGGAAGAUGAAAAUAACAACCACACAGGUGGAAAUACUCCAAGGAAUUUAACUCAGCACAGCAUGUAUCCUGAGCGUCUGGGCAGUAAAGUGGAACAUGCUGAACAGUGUGGAAAUCCUCAAAAUCUGCUGAACAAAACAUUCACUGUUCUUCUGUAAAGAGGAAAGCCAAUCCCAAUGAUUAUGUUCCAGUGCCUGGGAUGCCAAUGUACUCCUGGACUGAUGAAGAGGCGCAAACUUUUCUUCUCAGUCGCUACAUUUUUGGCAAAAAUCUUGUUCAGGAAAGUAACAAGCAGGAGAUGUAUUGGGUCGCCCAUAUUUUCUGGUCCAAGACAGCAGGAACUUUUGUCACGUUUUCUUGCUGCCGUAGCAAGGGAGGCUCGAGAUGCUUUGCUGGAGGUCUUUAAGAAAUUCAAUGAGGGAACAUCUGAUUUUGAGCAAUUUAUUUUAUGCCUAAGGUCCACAGUUGGGGCACAAGUUCUUGUAGAAGCAGUUGGAAUUGGUAAGGGAAAAUAUGACUUGACUGGAUUUCCAUUAGAUCCUAGUAGAAAACAUGGUAUGUCAGCCCGGACAGAGCAGAAUGGUGGGGAUGCAAAUUUCCCAUGUUCAAACAGGAGCAGCAGACCUGUCCAGGAACCACCACGAGGAUCAACCGACGUCGUGGCCCCGUUCUCUCCUGGGGGAGAGGGAAACAGCUCUCGUUUUUCUGAUCCAGCCAUUGUCGCCGACGAAUGGCGCAUGAGUAACCCUCGGUCUCAUGAAACUAUUUGCGUGGAAAAUUGGAUGAAUGUGUGUAAGGGACUCCUCCAUGGCCAAGCAAUCGAUGCUGCUGCUGCUUGGCCAAACUUUUUGUCUCUGGAUUAGAAAACGUCUCGAAGUCAGUUAUACAUUUAUCAUUGCCGAUUCCAGCUAUGAUCGAGUGCAUGUCAAUCGCCCGUAUGUUUCCUCUUGAUUCUUAUCAAGAACAAAUGAGAAGCUCAAGCAAACCAUACACAAACAUCUGUGAUGGGGUAUACUCUUUUGGUACCCUGUGUUUACCUGUAACAUUGUGGAGUUGCUGCAUAAGUGUUGUAGCUAAUAGUGGUCCUAUACAAGAACCGUGGUUGAACUUUUUUUUUCGUUGAGCAUAGAACCGUGGUUGAACUGAACUUGAGAACUCUGAUGAUCUGAUCUUCUCCAGGAGAUUCAGAAAGGGAGAACCCAAAAUACAUACAUUUGAUCCA